UCUGAAAAAUAUGAAAGACAACAAAUUAUCACUCCCAACCACAUAAGAGCCAUGAUAACCCUAGCUGAUGUCUACCAUGUUAUCAUUGCAAUUAUCCCCCUGUAUGUUGCCAUGAUUGCAGCAUAUCUGUCCAUAAAAUGGUGGAAGCUUUUUACACCAGAUCAAUGCGCCGGCAUCAAUAAAUUUGUUGCAAAUUUUUCAAUUCCCCUUUUAUCCUUCCAGGUGAUCUCAUCAAACAAUCCUUACAGAAUGAACCUGAAACUUGUAUCUGCUGAUUUCCUCCAAAAGCUUCUUGCUCUCAUCGUUCUGGCAGUAAUUGCCAAAUUAAGAUCCAGAGGAAACCUGAGUUGGGUCAUCACAGGUCUUUCUUUGUCAACAUUGCCGAAUACAUUAAUUUUAGGAAUCCCACUAAUAAGGGCUAUGUAUGGGGAAGAAGCGGCAAUACUCCUGGCUCAGAUAGUUGUGUUACAAAGUCUAAUUUGGUACAACCUGCUAUUAAUUCUUUUUGAGAUUGAUGCCACAGAGGAAUCCAUCAAUAUGACAUCACCUUCAGAAGUAACAGGAGAACUGGAGGGCCCACAAGGACCAGAAAGAAUAGAUGGAGACAAGGAAGGUGGAAGAUUCAAAAAUCAGAUGAAAAGAAACAUAAGAAUCAUUCUAUUGACAGUAGGAAAAAAGCUCAUCAGAAAUCCCAAUACUCAUGCCACCUUGGCAGGGCUUAUAUGGGCAAGCAUACACUUCAGGUGGGGAGUAAAAUUGCCUAAAGUAAUUCAAAAUUCAGUAUCACUAUUAUCAGAUGGAGGACUUGGAAUGGCUAUGUUCAGCUUAGGCCUCUUCAUGGCAUCACAAGCCAGAGUGAUAGCAUGUGGUACUCGAAAAGCAGUAUUAGCUAUGGCCAUGAAGUUUCUAGCAGGACCAUUCCUCAUGGCUGUGCCCUCAGUCGCCCUUGGACUAAGAGGAACAUUACUAAAAGUGGCAAUUGUGCAGGCAGCUCUGCCUCAAGGGAUUGUUCCAUUUGUAUUUGCCAAGGAGUAUAAUCUACAUCCAGAUGUACUUAGUACAGGGUACUUGAUACUUUCAGUAACAGUAAUGUCUCAUAGAACUAUAUAUAUAUUAAAAACUCUCCUUUCCUGUCUGUAGGGUUAUAUUUGGUUUGCUCAUAGCAGUUCCAAUUGGAUUAGCAUACUACUUCCUGCUGGGUUUGUAAGACAAGGUAUUGCUGGCAACUCGGACAAUUAUUCAGGAGAUAUAUUACAAACAGCAGCUCAAUGUUGUCAUUGGUAUUAAUACUAUUUUGGUUGAUUGUUGUAACAUAGCUUUAAAGUUGAUUAGCAACCAACAACUAUGCACACAGCAGUACUUAUCUAAUAAGGAGCUGAUAGAAAGCAAAGGAAGGAAUAGGAAAGGAGAUAAACCUG